CCUCUUUAUUUCCAUGCAUUUCUAUGCAAGCGCACAGCCUGGAGGCACUACAGCUGCUGUUAUAUAAAAAGGCUGCCUGUGCAUCAAUAACACACAACUGGGUGUGUGAAUCCGUGGGCAUCCCGCUGUGUUUUCUUCUGCUUCUCUAACUUGCUGAUUUGUGCUGGUGUUUCACCCUAAGCUUCCUACUCUUCUUUUUCUUUUUUUCAUCCCUUUCACUGGAGAGAGGCCCCCCGCCCAGCAGGCACCAUUUCCUCACCGGGCAGACCAGCGUUGGCAGUGCAGCCUCUUCCCAGGCUCAGCAUUGGCAGGAAGACCCUGGUGGCGGCUGCCGUGGGCGUCAUGCUAGUCCUGGUGCUUGUCAUCCUGAUCCCGGUGUUGGUGAGCUCCGUGGGCACAGACGGGAGCCACUAUGAGAUGCUGGGCACCUGCCGCAUGGUCUGUGACCCUUACCUGGGGAAAGGCACCACGACUAGUGCCAGCAUCCAAGCAGAAGCUGAGGCUCUGAGUGACAAUAUAGCGCCACCGCCGUCCACCCUCGUUCAGGGGCCCCAGGGCAAGCCUGGACGACCUGGCAAGCCUGGCUCUCCGGGGCCUCCAGGAGAACCAGGGCCCCCAGGUCCAAUUGGCCCCCCUGGAGAAAAGGGGGAUUCAGGGAAAACUGGCAUCCUGGGUUUUGGGGGAAAUGGUGCCAUCAGCACAGCCACCUACAGCACUAUCCCGAGGGUCGCUUUCUACGCUGGGCUCAAGAACCCCCACGAGGGGUACGAGAUCCUCAAGUAUGACGACGUGGUCACCAAUCUGGGCAACAACUAUGAUGGCACCUCCGGCAAGUUUAUCUGCAACAUCCCUGGCACUUACUUCUUCAUCUACCACGUCCUGAUGCGGGGUGGAGAUGGCACCAGCAUGUGGGCGGACCUUUGCAAGAAUGGCCAGGUUCGUGCCAGUGCCAUCGCCCAGGACGCCGAUCAGAACUACGACUACGCCAGCAACAGCGUCAUCCUGCACCUGGACGCGGGCGAUGAGGUCUUCAUCAAGCUGGACGGAGGCAAGGCGCAUGGCGGGAACAACAACAAAUACAGCACCUUCUCGGGGUUUAUCAUCUACGCAGACUGAGGGGCACACAGGCGGCCCUCCCUCCCUCCAGCUCUCGUUCGCUCGCUCGCUCAUUCUUUCUCUUGCUGUGGGUUGCCGGGGGGCUCAAACUGGCACGGACACCAACGACGGACUUUCACAAGAAAAUACUUCCAGGUGGCUGGCACGCAUAGGCCUGGACUUUCUCUCUCUAGGACUAAAUCAGCAGGAGCAGAAGGCAGCCUCCUGGAAAGACAUGGCCUUUUUAGCUGCAGUACCCCUACUCCCUUCCAUCUAUCACAGGGCUGUGCAAUAUCAACAAACAGGACAGGAAUCAAACUGUUGCUGCUGAAUAAGGAUCAGCAAAACGAUCAUGUUGAAAUAUGGUUGUGGUGGUUCCUGAUGGUUUGAAGUUGUAUUUAGUCCAGAGAUGCAACAUUUUUUUAAAAACAUUUUAUUUAAACUGAAAAUGUGUUCAUGGCUGUUUCUUUCAAUUCAAUGUAUGCAUAGCUUACAGUGCCCCCUGGUUACUGAAUGUUGUAACUGCAGAUCUGAAAAGGGACCUGUCAAUCCUAAAUCAUCUGUACAUCUUUACUACUAAAAGAGAAAAGCUUUUUGUUAGCAUCCCCUAUCUGUCUGAUUUGUAAUGUGUCUUGAGUCUAAAUGGGUAUGUAGUGCAUCUGAGGGCAGUAUGGGUAUGUAGUGCAUCUGAGGGCAGUACCGUGGUUUCUAAUGCACAUGAUAUUUGAAAAGGAUGGCUACUGAUUUUGACAUAUAUUGGCAAUUAUUCUUCUCUCUCUCUCUCUCUCUCU